CACAUGUAUCAGUUACACACACAUUCACGUUUCAAAAUCUAGGGUUUCUUAGAUCUCACAAUCACACACACAGCGCUGUCGCCCCUCUCCUUCCCUCGUCCUUCUGCCAUCUUCAAUCGCCGGCUAGUUUUUGAGUUUCUUUCCUGUGUCGCUCGGUGUUUCCAGUCAAGAAAGCCUCUGCCAGUUCACAUUUCCAUCUUUUAUGUGCCUAUAGAGAAUUGCAGCGUAGGCGAUACACAUAUUGAGAAGCAAGAGACACGCAUGACCAAUCUUGUCACCUGGAAGAGAUACGUCUAACCUGGUUUGUUACUCCAAUAGUUUGACUAAAUCAAUCAUAAAUAUCAUUUACUGAAUAGAUUAAUAUAUUGUAGGCCUAGUAAAACGGUUGGGUCAGGUCAGGUAAUAGACGGGUUCUAACCAAAUUGGGUUCUAGUCAAAAUAGGUUCGAACAUAAAUCGAUCAUAAUUCUGAUGUAGUUUAUUGGCAUGGUUCUCUAUCAUAAUUGUUCACGGUCCAAGAUAAACUCUAGUGGCUAUAUUAUAUUUUCGUAAUGACUUGUUUACCCAAGAGAUUAAAACUUUUAUAGUUCUCAACAUAAACAAAUGGCAUUCAAAUUUUAGCAAACUAAAUACCGCAAUAAGUUGUGAUCUAACUGAAAUGUUUAGAAGAACAUCCCAAUUAAUUUUUUAACUAUGCAUAAGACCAUGUGUAAUGGGGUCACACACUCACACCCCUGUUAAAACAUGUGAAGCCUUUACACACAGCCUAAUGGGGUGUGGCCUGAUUGUUCAUGACAUAAUUGUUGUUGAAGUUAUAGUUAAGUUAUGCUUAAUUAUGUUUCUGGUAAUCAUAUUAUUGUUAGAAUAUUCCAUGAUUAUAGGGUCAAAUGCUUUCCCUUCCUCCAAGUAUUACAGCCGUAUUUCCCUUUCUCCAAGAAUUAGCCAUAUUUUCCUUAUAUUUUCCUUUUUUAAAUCCUUGUUCAUUAGUAUAAGUAGAUAUGGUUAUUGUUCUCUUUGUAUUCAAUAUGAAGCAAGCAAUAUCUCAAUAAAAAUAAAGUCUUCUUUGUUUCUGUUACUGGUCAACAUGGUAUCAGAGCAGGCGUGCUCAUCAUAUACCGUUUGAUUUUCACCAGCCUCCUCAAAUCAAUAAACCCAAUCCGAGCUACGAUGUCCGGAGACAACUCGGGUUCCGAUUUGUCAUUACAACUCGCGAAUCUGUUAAAGAACAACUUUAAUCAACAACCUCAAAACCCAAAACUAUCUGAUAAUCUCCAAAUCAACCUCAAACUCAAUAAUCAAAACUACGCACUAUGGACCCGGAUGAUCCGAGUCGCCAUAGGCGGAAGAUCCAAAUCCUUGUUAUCACACCUGACCUCGAAUCCUCCAGAUCAAACAAGUGAAGAUUAUGAGAAGUGGGAACAAGAAGAUUUACUUGUUUUUUCGUGGCUCAUUCAAAAUAUCGAACCCAUUCUCGCAGGCAACCUAACCGAGUACCCCACCGCUAAAACGUUGUGGGAUGCCUUGGUGGUUACUUACAACAGCGAAAAAGAUAAAUUGCAAGCCUUUAAUCUCCAUGUCAGGGCCAAUGAGAUUAAACAAAAUGAUGCUUCCCUGGAAAGUUUCUGGAUUUCCUUACAAGGGAUAUGGGGAGAAAUCGAAAGGAUCGAUCCUAACCCCAUGAAGUGCCCGGAUGACAUCAAGGCUUACGCAAAAAUAAGGUCUGAACACAAACUUUUUCAAUUCCUAAGUGCCCUCGACAAAAAAUAUGAUCCUAUAAAGCGCGAAAUACUCCAGUGGGAGCCUUUACCAUCUGUAGAGACAGCCUAUGCUGCUGUUCGGAAAGAAACCACCCACCAAACUAUUCUAGGAGCGGCUCAUAGUGAUACACAAGGCAUUGGAGCUGGGUUGUCAGCCACCGAAUCUGAUGGGUUAGGCCUUGCAACCAAAGGAUAUUGCAGGACAGAAAAGAAGAACGGAGCACCAAUAAAAAAAGAUAAAUCGCUCCUCAAGUGCACCCACUGUGAUAUGAGGGGACAUACCAAAGAGCAGUGCUUUAAAAUCGUGGGAUUUCCUAACUGGUGGAGUGACAAUCACAAAACCAAGAACCCUAAUCAAGAGGGUAAGGUUGCCACUGCCAUAGGCAAUAAUAGUGCUACUAGCAACGACAACGCCGAGAAGAAUGGUGGUGAUGAAGCUUUCGAAGAAAAUUUUUGGGCCUGGCACUAAGCCCUAAGAGAUGAAGUGCCUUAAAAGGAAAAAAAAUCUU